GAGCCGAGUACAAAAAUGGGCUUGAGAGAGUUCCCCCUAGUCUAUAUAAAGCCAGCCUCGAAGCACCGUCGCUCCCGAAACCCUAACUCUCUUCACGCCGCCGCUGACCUGCCCCCUCGCCCCGACGCCGGUGACUAGGAGCAGGAGCAAGAGGGAUUCGGAAUGGCCAAGUCGAAGAACCACACGGCGCAUAACCAGUCGUACAAGGCGCACAAGAACGGCAUCAAGAAGCCCAAGCGCCACCGCCAGACCUCCACCAAGGGGAUGGACCCGAAGUUUCUGAGGAACUUGAGGUACUCAAGGAAGGGCAACAAGAAGAGUGGUGAGGCUGAGGCAGAGGAGUAAGAUGGGUGGUGGCUGAGUUUGUGGCGACAAAUGCAUCUCUUGUAUCACUAGAGUUUUAGUUGUGAACUUAUUUCUCACUUCUGUAUCAUUAAAGGAGACCUAAAGUUGGUACAAUAGUGUUUUUUUCGGUCUUGUUGCCUAUCUGGAAUUAAUUAAAACCAUCAGUUGUCCUUUUGCGAAUUGGGCACUUGAUGUGUCAUUUUCUGUUCUC